AUGGCCAAUCGACUGCUCGCCGAGCGCGACGCGCCUAGCGUCGGGAAGCGCUGGGCCUCCAACUUCGUAAAGCGACAACCGCAGCUCCGGACGCGCUUCUUUCGCAGAUACGACUACAAAAGGGCUCGGUGUGAAGAUCCGGAGAUCAUCCGUGGCUGGUUUGCCCUUGUACGCAACACAAUCGCGAAGUACGGCGUCGCGGAGUCGGAUAUCUACAACUUCGACGAGACCGGCUUUAUGAUGGGCAUCAUCUCGACAGCGCAGCCUGGAAAUCGGGAAUGGGUUACCGUGAUCCAGGGUUGCCACCUCUCGACCUGGUACGAGGACAGCGAUAUACCGCACACCAAACCGCGCUCUUCGGGCAACUAUCGCCUCCUCAUCCUUGACGGCCAUGAGAGUCACCACUGA